AUGCCUAGCUUCAGGGGCAUCGACGUCUCGAUCGUGCCCGGUCCCAACAUGGAGGGGUUGCCCGAGCUCCCUCACCCCGAGUCCUCCUCUGUCCGACUUCGGGGUCAUCAUGCAGCAAGCCCGAUGUCGACCACGACUUCCAGCUUCACGUCAACACCAGAGAAGUGCAGACCGACGACAUCCGUCUACAUUCCCUCGUCGCCAGGAUCCCAGUUCCACUUGAGAUACUCAAUCAACAAACCUCCCACGGAUAGCAAAUUCCUGUACUUCAGAAUGACCAUGAACGGUCGUCAAGUAGUUUCUUGGGGUAUCAAGUCGCAAGCCACCCAGAGCCAGAUCGUUAGUCAUGCUCUGUACGAGCCCGAUACCAAGUGGCAUUAUCGAGAGUGUGGCGUCACUUAUAAGCGUGAAGGCAUUGAGAAACGUUUCUUUCACUUCACACCGCGCUCCGAGACCUCCGCUGCCAUGGAUGGCGGCCUCAUCGACCUUCAGAUUUUCCGAUCCUACGGACGAAGGAGGAGGGCGCCUCAACUUGAUGACUUUCGCAGUCAAGAUCAAUACGGGAUCACAUCACCAACCGGCGGCCUCGUGGAGUUACCUCAAGAUCUCACAUUCUACGACUGGGCCCUUAUCGACCCUGUUGACUCUCCAUUCGCCGCUUUCCGCUUCUUCUACCGCACUUGGGGAAACUUGAAGGCGCUGAACUUGGUCUCAGAAGCGCAUUAUGAGGAACUGAUGGCCUCAGAUGCACAGAGUGGACAUUUGCCUGACAGACCAAAGACGCCAAACCACAAUGAGACUGGAAGCUAUAUUCGAACCCACCCGAGACUAUUUGGCCUCGAAUCCCUUGACGGUCUAGUCUUUGAGGACAGUAACAAAGGUCGGAACAAGAUUAGAGAGAGGCAGAAUUCGCCUGCCGAGAGAGACUUCUACCUUGAAACACCACCCAAGCUCGCUCCUCCGGCCCUGAAAACGACCAGGAUGCCUCAACCCAGCAAGCUAGCGCGAGAGAUUCGGAAGGUGUCAGACCCUCUUCGACCUCUGCCAAUGCUUCCUGACUUUGAACCAUCGAUCAGCAGGCAGUCACUAGAAUCGACGAGGGCACCUUCAGUCACACCAUCGCUCUUACCGUACAUUGACGAGUCGAGUGGUUGUGACGAGAUUGAGCUUGGAGUUGCCAGACAGGUGACGCUGCCCUCUCUAUCUCAAGAGCUCCCUAAGAUACAUCCUCGCCGUCCUCUCCCAUCUCCGCCCCUAGGACUUCCAGCGUCUUCAUCCGACUAUGACAUGAGCCCUCCUUCUACGGGUGGCUUGGAGGUAUUUAACAGGGUUGGGAGGCAAGAUUAUGUUGCAGCAGCGCGUGCGAGCGCCAUGAGGCUGCGAGGUUCGUCUAUCAGCAGUCUGAGUUUCUCAGACUAUUCCAUUCGAGAUCCCAGGCGCCUCGGUUCUAACCCCGGCAUGGCGUCAACUGUCGAUAACUUUGACAACGUGAGCGUCUCGGAAGGAGAAUGGCUCAAGCGGAGUCCAUCGCCUUUGCGUCGCAGGCAUGGCAGAUUGAAUCUCAACAAGUGGAGUGAUCGAGGGAGGAAUGAAGACCAAUGA